AUGAUUGAGCAACCUACGUCAUACUCUGUUCCAGAGCAGAGCACGGCACUCUUGAGAGAUGGGAUCUUGUACAAUAAGCUGCACAACUCUCUGCCCUCAGAGUGCAGGGAUCUGGCAGCAUAUGUGAAAUUCAAAGGCACAGCAGCACCUAGCAUUCCGAUCAAUUGGAGACUUGCAGAGAGUGUUUCUUCCUUGAAAGGUCUCGAAGCGGUUCUGAUCAAUGCAUUACUCGGGCGAAAGUACAACGAAGCCCCUAAGGAGGUUGUCAUCGAUACAGAUCAUGCACAGCUUUUCUUCAUGUCUUCCUUGGUCCUGGAGGUGGAUCCGAACUUCUCAGCGCCUAUCACACCGACUCCUAUUCGUGAUUUAACGGAGAGGUAUGCCAAGUAUUUUCCUAAUGGUGACCUCCAUCAAAUGGCUUCAUCUCUCUACCGCCGGGCAGCAUACAACAUCUACAAGACAAAGGAUGAUCGCUGGUUUCAUAUUCACGGCAGCCUCAACCCAGAUCCGUCCCUGAGAGGGGCACAACUCCCCCUUGACAUGCCUGAAAUCACCAAUAUGGAAGAUUCGUGGACGCCUUUCAUCAAUCGCAUCAGUGAGAAAACCGCUGAGGAGUGGGACCAUAUUCUGGGAGAAGAAUUCCGACAGGCAGCUACGAUAUGCCUUAGCCCCCAAGAGUACACCAACAGCCCCCAAGGGAAGGCGAACUCUGCAGUGGGAUUGUAUCGAGUUUCAAAGCAUGAAGGCUCCACACAACCGGCAGGGUGGUGGAACGCCACGGCCUUCACAAACUCUCAGCGCCCUCUUGCUGGUCUGAAAAUCGUGGACCUAACGAGAGUCAUUGCAGGUCCAGCAAUCGGUCGAGGUCUGGCAGAACUAGGUGCAAGCGUGAUGAGAGUCACAGCGUCUCACCUGCCAGACUUUUCGGGCCUUCAGCCAGAUUUAAAUUGGGGCAAGUGGAACUGCAACUUGGAUUUGCGUAUUGAGGAGGACCGACUUAAGCUUAAAGCUUUAAUACUGGAUGCAGACGUUGUUAUCGAUGGCUACAGACCUGACGUAUUCAUCAAAUACGGCUUCGGUUCGGACCCGGUGUUUGACUUAGUGAAGACCAGAGACCGUGGUAUCAUCUAUGUGCGAGAGAACUGCUUUGGAUGGGACGGGCCUCUAUCGCAUAGAAGCGGCUGGCAGCCUAUCAGCGAUGCCCACUCUGGUGUGUCCAUGGGAUAUGGUCGUGCCAUGGGUAAUGACGAGGCUGUGACCCCCGUAUUUCCGAAUUCGGACUAUUGCACGGGGAUCGCGGGCACCUGUGGUGUUUUGGACGCUCUUAUGCAGAAAGCAGGCCAUGGUGGCUCAUACCUUGUGGACACAUCUCUCAACUACUACAAUCAAUGGCUUACUUUGACAGUCGGAGAAUAUCCUCCACAUGUAUGGGAAGACGUAUGGACAAGGAAUGGCAAUCAAGUCUUCCGGCACUAUCACAGCAUGAACUAUACCAUUCCCUGCUACAUCGAAAUGAUGCGGAAGCAAAAGACGUUGCUAAAUCUUGAGUACUUUGAGAAGCGGGUUUCCGGAGCCUUAAAUGGACUUGUCUUCAGAGUGCCGCGGCCGAUCCUUCAAUUUCCCCAGAAUACAGUGCAGUUGCGCUUCAAUGUUGGCACUCGUGGGAAUGGAGUUGACGAGGCCAGGUGGCCGGAUCAUUUAUUGACUGAGAUUGUAACAUAG